AUGUCAUCGCAACCACGACCACGCUCUCCAGCGUUCAGACUUCCGAUGCCCGGCUCGGCAGCAUCGUCAUGGCCUACAUAUAAGGCUCGUUUCUCAACGCUUCUAAAUAAUGUUCGUAGUUCUUUCGCCGGAGCCGAUCCAAGGGUUUGUGCUGCUUUUUGGCUGUUCGGAUUGAUAAAUAAUGUACUCUACGUUAUCAUAUUAUCUGCGGCACUAGAUCUCGUCGGCCCUGACGUGCCAAAAGGCGUCGUAUUGCUAUUCGAUGUCAUGCCUUCGUUCCUGACGAAACUUAUGGGGCCAUACUUUAUACAUCUGAUAUCAUAUCGAGUCCGUAUUAUCAGCUUCUACUUACUUUCGACAUGCGGAAUGAUAGUGGUGGCAUUUGGGGAUUCCAUAGCAUGGAGACUGUUCGGUAUCGCUAUAGCGUCUUUAGCUUCUGGGGGCGGGGAGAUGACGUUUGUGUCCAUGACACAUUUUUACGACCAUUUCUCUCUAGCGAUGUGGGGUAGCGGAACCGGUGGUGCUGGUAUUGUUGGAGGCGCUUUCUAUCUGGCAUUGUCGACUUGGAUCGGGUUGAGUGUGAGGAGUACCUUGAUGUUAAGUUGUUUUCUACCUAUUGUUAUGCUAGUGGCUUUCUUUGGGAUUUUACCGAGGGAUGCGCUUCCGGCCGGGGUGGAGAGGGAAGGGGCGAAAGGUACUUAUGCGAGUGUGCCUGGGGAAGAAGAGCAAGGGCUUAUGGAGGGGGAGGAUGAUCCGAUGGUAAACUCAAUGCAUUCGAAUGGAUCAGUUUUCACGGCCGGGGGUAUGAAGGGAUCAGCGAUUGGGAGGGCGUGGAGGUCUCUGAGAAACAAUCUUAGGCGGAUGAAAGGGCUGGUAAUACCAUAUAUCAUCCCGCUUCUACUGGUUUAUAUCUCGGAAUAUACGAUUAACCAAGGAGUGGCGCCGACACUGUUGUACCCGCUUAACGAGAUGCCGUUCAGAAACUAUCGAGACGCUUACCCGACUUACAAUACGAUAUACCAAGUCGGAGUAUUUAUUUCACGAAGUAGCACGCCGUUUAUUAGGGUUCGGUAUCUAUACCCUCCUAGCAUCCUGCAGUUCGCGAAUUUAACACUAUUGACGGCACAUGCGGUUUGGAACUUUAUCCCGAAUGUUUGGUUUAUAUUUUUGAUUAUAUUUUGGGAGGGUAUAUUGGGAGGGCUAGUUUAUGUGAAUACUUUUGCGGAGAUAACGGAUAAUGUACCGCACGAAGAUCGCGAGUUUAGCUUGGGCGCUACGACAGUGAGUGACUCGGGUGGUAUUUGCAUUGCGGCGUUUAUUAGUAUGGCUUUGGAGACUUGGUUAUGCUCGUAUCAGGUGCGACAUGGUAGAAAGUAUUGCAAGUUGACGUGA